AUGAGUUCACACUGUUAUGUAGCAUCAGCAUUUCACAGAGUACCCGUGCAUGCUUUGUGCAUGUCCAUUCCAAAACAUCCAACUCAUGCAUCUCAUGUGUUUCAUCCUGAAGGGAGUGACGACUGGUUCCUUGAGAUCAACCCCGUGACCUUCAGAGAUGCUGGUGUGUACGAGUGCCAGGUGUCAACCAGCCCCAAGAUUUUCCUGCCUGUGACACUCACUGUGGAAGUCCAACACGCGAGCAUCCACGGGCCGAAGGAGAUCUUCAUCAAGAACGGCUCGACCAUCAGACUCUUCUGCGUCAUCAACACUCACUCGGAGAACGUGGGGGUCGUCAGCUGGUACCGAGACAUGAGCAAGCUGGAUUACGACUCUCCCAGGGGCGGCGUAAGCGUGGAGAUCGAGAAGACGCCCGAGAGGACCACUUCCAAGCUCUUCCUGACAAGGGCGCUGAAGGGGGACUCGGGAAACUACACGUGCGCGCCGCAGUUUGCUCAAGCCGCUUCAGUCCUCGUCCACAUCGUUAACGGCGAAGAAUCGGCAGCGGUGCACACGGCCAGCUCAGCGACUGUCGAGUGUAACAGGUUCCUUCUUAGCAGCUCCUUGUUACUGGCGCUUCUGGUCCGUGUUCGCCGGUGA